AUGGAUGGUGAAGUAGAGGAGUCCUUUGCCCAGCAGUGGGACACCACAGGCUAUUUAAAAAACGGAUCUCAACGGAAUGUUCUACAAUACAGACAACCAGUAACUUACAAUUCCGGUUACCAAUACCAACCAGGAUACCAAGAACAAGUCGUAGAACAGACGAAUGUUAGACAAGUCGAAUCUCAACCUGGUGCUAAAGUUACUGCAAUCAAAGGAGGGAAGAAUGUGAACAUCGUUGAAGGUUCGCAAUCUUCGGCUGCAGCGGCAUCAGCGUCAUCAUCCACCGGCUCAGUCGUCCCAGUCCCAGCGGUUCCGAUUGUGUCAGUUGUUCCAGCUGCACCUAUAGUAGUCGCCCCAACAUCUGUAUCCUCUGCAUCCACAGCAACAGCAGCUACCACUGCGCCAGUUGCCGCAGUCGCCCCAGCAUCAGCAUCCGCUACAUCUUCAGCUACAGCUGCAGCUACAACGAACGGAGCGCCCGCUGGUGCACCAGUUACCUCCACUACUACAACCACAUCAGCUGACGGCACCGUGUCCACUACCUACGACAGCUCAGUCACUAAUAAUUCAGGAUCAGCAUCAUCAUCAUCUUCUUCCUCGUCAGUGGCCUCGGCGUCGGUUGCUCCAGUGGCCCCAGUUUCCCCAGCUAUCCCAUUAACACCAGUAGUGACAGCUCCAGUUUCGUCAACCGCAGCUUUAUCAUCCGCUGCAUCGACGUCAACUUCAGUGCUCUCUCUCCCACCCUUGCCCACGAUCCCUGGACCUGGUGCAUCACCUGCAGACCUCGCUCAGGCUGAAGCAUCUGUGAUCGCAACAGCUGAAGAGUUGAUAACUAUUCUGGAACAGAUCGUCCAUAACGCUGCUGCAGCUUUCACACCAAUCGCAGCCCCAACGCCUAUCGGAUCAGCUCCAGGGCCUCUCGUAACUGAUUCAACUGCUACUUCUUCAGCCACAGGAUCAGCCGCUUCAAGCUCUGCAGUUAGCUCUGCUGCAUCAUUAGCACCAGGAAACCUUGCCCCAGGAGCUGGUACCCCAGGCUCAGCCGCUUCAAGCUCUGCAGUUAGCUCUGCUGCAUCAGGAGCUCCAGGAAACCUUGCCCCAGGAGCUGGUGCCCCUGGUUCAGCCGCUUCAAGCUCUGCAGCUAGUUCUGCUGCAUCAGGAGCUCCUGGAAACCUUGCCCCAGGAGCUGGUGCCCCAGGCUCAGCCGCUUCAAGCUCUGCAACUAGUUCUGCUACGCCAGGAGCUCCAGGAAACCUUGCCCCAGGAGCUGGUGCCCCAGGCUCAGCCGCUUCAAGCUCUGCAGCUAGCUCUGCUGCAUCAGGAGCUCCUGAAAACCUUGCCCUAGGAGCUGGUGCCCCAGGCUUAGCCGCUUCAAGCUCUGCAGCUAGUUCUGCUGCAUUAGAAGCUCCAGGAAACCUUGCCCCAGGAGCUGGUGCCCCAGGCUCAGCCGCUUCAAGCUCUGCAGUUAGUUCUGCUGCAUCAGGAGCUCCAGGAAACCUUGCCCCAGGAGCUGGUGCCCCAGGCUCAGCCGCUUCAAGCUCUGCAGCUAGUUCUGCUACGCCAGGAGCUCCAGGAAACCUUGCCCCAGGAGCUGGUGCACCAGGCUCAUCCGCUUCAAGCUCUGCAGCUAGCUCUGCUGCAUCAGGAGCUCCAGGAAACCUUGCCCCAGGAGCUGGUGCCCCAGGCUCAGCCGCUUCAAGCUCUGCAGCUAGUUCUGCUACGCCAGGAGCUCCAGGAAACCUUGCCCCAGGAGCUGGUGUCACAGGCUCAGCCGCUUCAAGCUCUGCAGCUAGCUCUGCUGCAUCAGGAGCUCCAGGAAACCUUGUCCCAGGAGCUGGUGCCCCAAGCUCAGCCGCUUCAAGCUCUGCAGCUAGCGCUGCUGCAUCAGGAGCUCCAGGAAACCUUGCCCCAGGAGCUGGUGUCACAGGCUCAGCCGCUUCAAGCUCUGCAGCUAGCUCUGCUGCAUCAGGAGCUCCAGGAAACCUUGCCCCAGGAGCUGGUGCCCCAAGCUCAGCCGCUUCAAGCUCUGCAGCUAGCGCUGCUGCAUCAGGUGCUCCAGGAAACCUUGCCCCAGGAGCUGGUGCCCCAGGCUCAGCCGCUUCAAGCUCUGCUGCACCAGUAGCUCCAGGAAACCUUGCUCCAGGAGCUGGUGCCCCAGGCUCAGCCGCUUCAAGCUCUGCAGCUAGCGCUGCUGCAUCAGGUGCUCCAGGAAACCUUGCUCCAGGAGCUGGUGCCCCAGGCUCAGCCGCUUCAAGCUCUGCAGCUAGCUCUGCUGCAUCAGGUGCUCCAGGAAACCUUGCCCCAGGAGCUGGUGCACCAGGCUCAUCCGCUUCAAGCUCUGCAGCUAGCUCUGCUGCAUCAGGAGCUCCAGGAAACCUUGCUCCAGGAGCUGGUGCCCCAGGCUCAGCCGUUUCAAGCUCUGCAGCUAGUUCUGCUGCACCAGUAGCUCCAGGAAACCUUGCUCCAGGAGCUGGUGUCCCAGGCUCAGCCGCUUCAAGCUCUGCAGCUAGCUAUGCUGGAUCAGGAGCUCCAGGAAACCUUGCCCCAGGAGCUGGCGCCCCAGGCUCAGCCGCUUCAAGCUCUGCAGCUAGUUCUGCUGCAUCAGGAGCUCCAGGAAGCCUUGCUCCAGGAGCUGGAGCCCCAGGCUCAGCCGCUUCAAGCUCUGCAGCUAGCUCUGCUGCAUCAGGUGCUCCAGGAAACCUUGCCCCAGGAGCUGGUGCCCCAGGCUCAUCCGCUUCAAGCUCUGCAGCUAGCUCUGCUGCAUCAGGAGCUCCAGGAAACCUUGCUCCAGGAGCUGGUGCCCCAGGAACUGGGGCCCCAGGCUCAGCCGCUUCAAGUUCUGCAUCUAGUUCUGCUGCAUCAGGAGCUCCAGGAAACCUUGCCCCAGGUUCAGCCGCUUCAAGCUCUGCAUCUAGCUCUACUGCAUCAGGAGCUCCAGGAAACCUUUCCCCCGGAUCUGGUGCCCCAGGCUCAGCCGCUUCAAGCUCUGCAGGUAGUUCUGCUGCAUCAGGAGCUCCAGGAAGCCUUGCUCCAGGAGCUGGUGCCCCAGGCUCAGCCGCUUCAAGCUCUGCAGGUAGUUCUGCUGCAUCAGGAGCUCCAGGAAGCCUUGCUCCAGGAGCUGGAGCCCCAGGCUCAGCCGCUUCAACCUCUGCAGCUAGCUCUGCUGCAUCAGGUGCUCCAGGAAACCUUGCCCCAGGAGCUGGUGCCCCAGGCUCAUCCGCUUCAAGCUCUGCAGCUAGCUCUGCUGCAUCAGGAGCUCCAGGAAACCUUGCUCCAGGAGCUGGUGCCCCAGGAACUGGGGCCCCAGGUUCAGCCGCUUCAAGUUCUGCAUCUAGUUCUGCUGCAUCAGGAGCUCCAGGAAACCUUGCCCCAGGUUCAGCCGCUUCAAGCUCUGCAUCUAGCUCUACUGCAUCAGGAGCUCCAGGAAACCUUGCCCCAGGCUCUGGUGCCCCAGACUCAGCCGUUUCAAGUUCUGCAGCUAGCUCUGCUGCAUCAGGAGCUCCAGGAAACCUUGCCCCAGGAUCUGGUGCCCCAGGCUCAGCCGCUUCAAGCUCUGCAGCUAGCUCUGCUGCAUCAGGUGCUCCAGGAAACCUUGCCCCAGGAGCUGGUGUACCAGGCUCAUCCGCUUCAAGCUCUGCAGCUAGCUCUGCUGCAUCAGGAGCUCCAGGAAACCUUGCCCCAGGUUCAGCCGCUUCAAGCUCUGCAUCUAGCUCUACUGCAUCAGGAGCUCCAGGAAACCUUUCCCCCGGAUCUGGUGCCCCAGGCUCAGCCGCUUCAAGCUCUGCAGGUAGUUCUGCUGCAUCAGGAGCUCCAGGAAGCCUUGCUCCAGGAGCUGGAGCCCCAGGCUCAGCCGCUUCAAGCUCUGCAGCUAGCUCUGCUGCAUCAGGUGCUCCAGGAAACCUUGCCCCAGGAGCUGGUGCCCCAGGCUCAUCCGCUUCAAGCUCUGCAGCUAGCUCUGCUGCAUCAGGUGCUCCAGGAAACCUUGCCCCAGGAGCUGGUGCCCCAGGCUCAUCCGCUUCAAGCUCUGCAGCUAGCUCUGCUGCAUCAGGAGCUCCAGGAAACCUUGCUCCAGGAGCUGGUGCCCCAGGAACUGGGGCCCCAGGCUCAGCCGCUUCAAGUUCUGCAUCUAGUUCUGCUGCAUCAGGAGCUCCAGGAAACCUUGCCCCAGGUUCAGCCGCUUCAAGCUCUGCAUCUAGCUCUACUGCAUCAGGAGCUCCAGGAAACCUUUCCCCCGGAUCUGGUGCCCCAGGCUCAGCCGCUUCAAGCUCUGCAGGUAGUUCUGCUGCAUCAGGAGCUCCAGGAAGCCUUGCUCCAGGAGCUGGAGCCCCAGGCUCAGCCGCUUCAAGCUCUGCAGCUAGCUCUGCUGCAUCAGGUGCUCCAGGAAACCUUGCCCCAGGAGCUGGUGCCCCAGGCUCAUCCGCUUCAAGCUCUGCAGCUAGCUCUGCUGCAUCAGGAGCUCCAGGAAACCUUGCUCCAGGAGCUGGUGCCCCAGGAACUGGGGCCCCAGGUUCAGCCGCUUCAAGUUCUGCAUCUAGUUCUGCUGCAUCAGGAGCUCCAGGAAACCUUGCCCCAGGUUCAGCCGCUUCAAGCUCUGCAUCUAGCUCUACUGCAUCAGGAGCUCCAGGAAACCUUUCCCCCGGAUCUGGUGCCCCAGGCUCAGCCGCUUCAAGCUCUGCAGCUAGUUCUGCUGCAUCAGGAGCUCCAGGAAACCUUGCCCCAGGCUCUGGUGCCCCAGGCUCAGCCGUUUCAAGUUCUGCAGCUAGCUCUACUGCAUCAGGAGCUCCAGGAAACCUUGCCCCAGACUCAGCCGCUUCAAGCUCUGCAGCUAGUUCUGCUGCAACAUUAGCUCCAGGAAACCUUGCCCCAGGAACUGGGGCCCCAGGCUCAGCCGCUUCAAGUUCUGCAUCUAGCUCUACUGCAUCAGGAGCUCCAGGAAACCUUUCCCCCGGAUCUGGUGCCCCAGGCUCAGCCGCUUCAAGCUCUGCAGCUAGUUCUGCUGCAUCAGGAGCUCCAGGAAACCUUGCCCCAGGCUCUGGUGCCCCAGGCUCAGCCGUUUCAAGUUCUGCAUCUAGCUCUACUGCAUCAGGAGCUCCAGGAAACCUUGCCCCAGGCUCUGGUGCCCCAGACUCAGCCGUUUCAAGUUCUGCAGCUAGCUCUGCUGCAUCAGGAGCUCCAGGAAACCUUGCCCCAGGAUCUGGUGCCCCAGGCUCAGCCGCUUCAAGCUCUGCAGCUAGCUCUGCUGCAUCUGGAGCUCCAGGAUCAGGAGUCGCUCCAAGAUCAACUACAUAUUACACCACUACAGUGACUUCAGGAUCUCCCGCCUCAAACGCUGCUGCUUCAAUUGCUUCUAGUUCCACAGUCGCUCCUGGAUCGUCAGCCGCUGGCUCAUCAGCUUCCAAUGCUGCAACAUCAGGAGCUCCAAGCACUCUCCCGGGAGAUUUAGUAUCGAGCACAACCACAACCACUACGACUACAGCGUCGGGAGCGCCAGGAACAGUUGUCUAUGGAUCAGGGUACCCGGGAUCAGGAUCUGCUGCCGCGUCAUCAAGCGCCGGCGCAGCUCCCGGUGAUAACGGAGCCCUGGCUACCAGUUCUGCUGCUACAUCAGCUUCCGCCUUGGGUGCCACGUACCCACGCGGCAAAGUAUGCAUAUGCUACGACAGCAUCAUUAACAUCCCAAAGAACGUCCUCGCUACCAUCAAGCUGUACUAAUGUUGUCUUUGCCAUUAAAAAAACAAACGUCACGCCCGCUGAAUAAUUUAAAAAAUGGAGUACCUAAUGCUGCCCGUGUUUUGUUUUGUUAGAUGUAAAACCGUAUGUAUUUUUUAUGAAAUAAAUUUAUAGCAUUUCUA